CGUAAUAUACCGUAUGAUCAGCCGGCCUUUUUAUGUGUCAUCAAAGUUGUAAAUUGUAAAAAUGAAUGUAUUAGUCUCGAAAAGUUCUGCUCGCCUAGCAUUGAAGACACAAACAACAGUGCGUUUGAUCAAAUCGUCUGCACGCACUUUUAACGUAGAAAAAAGCAGAUUCACAGCACUGUUUCAAGUCUUACGGAUGGUGGAGGUUCCGGCGUGUGCAUGUAGUUGCAGAGCCAUACAGGUGUACCAUGCCCUGAAGUCCGGCUUCUUCCGAACCUGUCGAUGGAAAUGGAGACAGGUUCCUUAUCAUCAUGCUGUUCCUCGUCUUUCCACAGGUGCGCUUCUGUUUGGGGGCAGUUUGAGUUGGGGAUUGUUGGGCGUGACAGCAGAGUGCAAAAUCAGAACAAAAGGAAGCACCCGUCUCCUGGAUAAAAAUGCUUACAAGGAUACUGAGGGGCGUAAGCAGCCACGCUUCCAGAAAAGGAAAUUCCUACGGCUACUGUGGCCAGAUAUAUGGUACUUAGUGGCUGCAGUUGCGAGUGCUCUUGCUGCUGCUUUGAUCAACGUUCAGAUUCCAGUCCUACUUGGCAACAUGGUACAAGUGGUUGCUGAGGCUGCAAAGCAUUCUGGGAACUACAUGCAAGAAAUUCGAGGGCCUGCAAUGAAACUGAUUGUAGCGUACUGUUUGCAGGCUCUUUGCACAAGCACUUACAUCUCGCUGCUGUCCGCGGUCGGCGAACGCACUGCAGUCCGAAUGCGAGAGGCCCUGUUUGCCGCCCUCCUGAGGCAAGACAUUGCUUUCUUUGAUUCACACCACACGGGAGAACUCAUUAACAGACUUUCAGCAGAUGUUCAAGAUUUCAAGAGUGCCUUCAAGCUGUGCAUAGCACAGGGCCUGCGUGGGAUCACCCAGGUGCUAGGGGCAGGGGUGUCUAUGUACGUUCUGUCUCCCAAGCUGACUGUGCUGCUCAUUCUGGUGGUCCCUGGUCUCGUGCUGGUGGGGACAGGCGUCGGUGCCUCACUGCGGUCGCUCUCACGCCAAGUCCAAGAACAGGUUGCUAUGGGUACUUCUGUUGCCGAUGAGGCACUAGGCAACAUGAGAACCGUUCGCUCCUUUGCAAUGGAGGACAAAGAGUUUGAGCUGUACUGCCAGGAGAUUGACAAGUCAAGACGGCUGAAUGAGAAACUCGGUCUCGGAAUCGGGCUCUUUCAGGGACUCAGCAAUUUGGCUCUCAAUGGCAUCAUAGUCGGCGUGAUAUACUGUGGGGGCUAUUUGCUGUCCAGCGGUGAUCUGAAAGCCGGUCAGUUGAUGUCUUUCCUGGUGGCCUCGCAAACCAUCCAGCGAUCUCUGGCCAGUAUCUCCAUCCUGUUUGGACAGGCCAUCAGAGGGACCAGUGCUGGGGCCAGAGUGUUUGAGUAUCUAGAUUUGCAGCCCUCCAUUCCGCUGAAGGGAGGCAAGCAUAUUCCUUACCACAGUUUCUAUGGCAACGUGCAAUUCAAGGAUGUGACAUUUAGCUACCCAACGAGGCCAGACCAGGUUGUCCUGAAAGAUUUCAACCUCAGUAUACCAGCAGGUAAAGUCGUCGCUGUGUGUGGACCGUCAGGAGGAGGGAAAUCCACUGUGGCAUCUCUGUUGGAACGAUUCUACGACAUAGGCCAAGGGUCAAUCACCAUCGACGGGUUGGACAUCAGGGAUCUGGAUCCCAGCCGGCUCCGAGGUCGCACCAUUGGGUUCAUUAAUCAGGAACCUGUGUUGUUUGCAACAUCCGUCAAGGAGAAUAUCCGGUAUGGCAAUCCAGCAGCUACCGACCAAGAGGUAAUGGAUNNNGCUGCCCUAGCUAACGCUCAUGAGUUCAUUUUGGGAUUUCCAGAUGGCUAUGACACCGUUCUCGGGGAACGAGGAGUGACAAUAUCCGGUGGACAAAAACAAAGGAUUGCAAUAGCUCGUGCAUUAAUCAAGAACCCAUCCAUCUUAAUUCUUGAUGAAGCGACGAGCGCCCUGGAUGCAGAGUCUGAAAGAGUUGUACAGGAGGCCAUAGAUAAGGUGUCUAAAGGUCGUACGGUCCUUGUCAUUGCUCAUAGACUGAGUACUAUCAGGAAUGCAGAUUUUAUUGCAGUACUUGACAAUGGGAAAAUUCAGGAGCUGGGCACUCACGAGGAGCUGCUCAAGAGAGGUGGGAUCUACGCCGAGCUGAUCAGGGGUCAAGCUACCAAGAGAUGAGGUUUGGAACAAUAUCAUCAACUGGAUGGAAAAACCUCUAGAAUUUCCAUCUACAUUUCUAAGCACUUUGAAUUCAACUGAAGCCCUCGCCAUGUGGGUUUGACAGAAAUAGGCGUAAUCUGUGAUCGAGGCACACUGGAAUGAUUCUGGGAACUUUGUGUACUUGCGAGUUCACAGUUCAACCAUAUUGGGAGGCCAAAUUUUGGGGCAGUUAAGCAAUGUUUGCCAAUCACUGCUUCUUAAAAAAUGAUUGAGGAAAUGUCAUUUCAAGUUUGAGGCAUGGUUUUGAAACGCAAUUUGUGUCUCUAAAGUUGAUUUGUGAAAACACAUUGAUUGUGAAGCUCACCUAAGUCGGCCAUCUUGAAGGGCCUUGCAUUGUUUUAGCUCAGAAACAACUAAAGGUUUACACAUGCCAGUGGCUAACGAAAAGCACUGCCCUCUAAAGUGGCUGAUGAGGACCAGGUCUUUCCCCACUAGAGAGGGCCUACAUGUGCUCAGAACCAAUAACCCAACAGCUGUUGCCUAACCUUAACCUUAAGACCCAAAUCUGCCAAGUUCUCUUAGUCUCUGCUCUUUUGAUCCAACCAUGCCCAUUCAACCAAAUCAUUGCAGCCCAAUGACAGAUGCACAUAUUCAGUUAAAUUGAACGAUGUGGCUACACAUGCAGUUAAAAAUACUGCUUUGAUAGAUCAAGUUAGGACAGUCUAGUUAGUGACAGUAUCUGCCCCGAGCUGAAGUGCACCCUCACCGGCGAUAGAAAGACAGAUGGUACUAAGUUUUCUAGCCAGGUCCUUGCACGCGUUCAGUGUGCACGCAAAGGCCAUCUAUUCCAGACUAAAUUCGUCUCGCAUACUCAUCGUGUCCCGUGCUAGACACGCAUUAACUGGCAUGCCUGUGUGGUGAGUGCGUACCAAAGGACUGUCAAUUUCAUUUCAAAACAUGCCCUCUUUUGUUCCUGCUCGGAGCGGAUAACACAUGUAUGUGUUUGACUGAUUAGAAGUGCCCAUGAGCUAUAAACACACCAACUUUGCCCUAUGUCCAUUCACAAUGUUUGUAGUGCUACACUGUGUUCACUGAGGGAGUGAUUGAAGUUGCAAAAGUGUUACACUGUUGAAUUGAAUAUCAAUAGCCAGUUCGGUAUUUCAGAAAAGUGAGGUCAUUCAGGAAUGAAGCAUGUGUGUAAGGAGGUGCAUAGCUGUGCUGAUCGGACCAACAAUUGCAUGUGAGCUGCUAUUUCCAAAUGGCCACGACCAGGCUUCAGUCUUGGCAUAGCUGGAAUACCAAACCGGCUCAUUAAGACCACAAGAGGGAUCUUCUUUUCUAUUGCUAUGGAGAUAGCACCACAGUCCUGGCUCCUCAUAAAACAUUCUAAAGGAUGGGAGUGCAGUUUGGGGGACCGUCAUUUCUGGAAGCCAGCCAAAAUUUAAGGAAACUUUCAGGAAACAGAUGAUGUAGAGAUUGUGUGUAAAGAGCUGUAAUUUUUAAGCAUUUUUUAAAAUCCCCUCUACCAACCUGUUGAAUCAGAUGAUGUUGAAACUGUCUAGAGUUGUAAAUUUUAAUUUUUUUAAAAUCUAAAAUCCCCAGUACCAAUCUUUCUUCAAAUGGUACAUUUUACAGUGUUGUGGUGUAUUAGAGCAAAGGUUUCAACGUUAAAUAAGUAUUUAGAAAUUUAUACCUCAGACAUAUCAGACAGUUUCCCUGUUCAACAACAUGCAACUUGACCGUGUAGUAACAUUUCAUAAUGCCCGCUGAUUAAUGUUAAUGCCCGCUGUGUAAAUCAUGCACUGGCACCUGGAUACGAGACAGUUAAGUCGAUUCUGAUUGGUCAAGAGUCUGUGUACACACGGCUUGCCACGCGCUUGCCAAGUCCAUAUAAGGAGAUUUUUUUGGACAACUUGCACAAGGACUAUACCAUAAAAUGGACGGAGGUGUUUGGG